AUGCCAUGCCAUACCAUACCAUACCAUGCCCCAAACGAUGCCAACGCUGCCCUGACGCCCCCCUCCCCAGGCACCACCUGGAUGCAGGAGAUCCUCACGCUGCUGUUCAGCCACGGGGACGCCCACCCAGCCAAGACCAUCCCCAACUGGGAGCGGGCGCCCUGGCUGGAGCAGAUCUACUUCAGGGGCGCGCUGCGGGACACGGCUGCCCCCCGUCUCAUCACCACCCACCUGCCUGCCCGUGUUCUGGGCCCCGCGCUGCAGCGCAGCAAGGCCAAGGUGAUCUACGUGGCCAGGCACCCCAAGGACGUCGCCGUCUCCUUCUACCACUUCCACGGCUUGGCCAAAUUCCUGCCCGACCCUGGCUCCUUUGACACCUUCCUCACACAGUUCCUGGAGGGCACCGUGCACUACGGCUCCUGGUUUGCCCACGUCAAGGGGUGGCUGGGCCAGCGGCAGCUCCUGGACAUCCUCUACAUCACCUAUGAGGAGCUGCACCAG